ACCCCUCCCCGAGCAACCCCUUAACUCCUGGUGCAGAUAGGAAGGAAAACAGUUCAAAAGAAGACUUCGUCGUGAAAGAUAUUUCUUAAGCAUUUUGCUAUCGAAUUUAGACCGAUUUUGCCAAGGAUAAAAGUAGAGGUUCGCAGUUGUCUCAGCCAUGGGCAAACACUACGCCAGGAUGAAAGCAGACAAGCGGAUGUUCGAUUCGGGACAGGCGUCCUCGGCGUCCACCAAGUACACGUACGAGGAGCAUUUGAAGAACCGGGCGAAUCCGCAGAUGCUGCGCGGCGCUUUCGGCAAGCGGGACAUGGACAGGUACGUGGACAAAUUCUUCGUGGUGACCCCGAGCAAAGUGCAGGUGGCCACGCCGUGCUGCGACAACUGCCGAGCGCGGAUUUACAGCCAGGGCAAGACAGGAAUCCGGCUGACCAAGGUAGAGGAAUUCGUCCAGAAGUUGCAGGCCCUGGACGAGGCGCACUCGGCUGUUUGUGAAAACGCCAACGUGGUCGUCUUCAAAGACGGCUUCGGCGAUGAUGAUGAUGAGGACAAUGUCUCCAUUAAGGUGCAUUGUCCUCAGUGCCAACGAGGAGGCUCCUUCGAGUUCGAGGCGAUCAAAGACCCGAGGCUGCUCGGAGAUGACGACUUCAUCGAGUUUCGCAACAGCAGCUUCCACUCCAGCCAUCAUUCUACAUGCAAACACAAGAACUGCUGCUGAAGAUGAGAAGUAAAGUUUUUUAUAGGGUAAGAUAAAACUGGAUCACAAUCAACGACUGAGGACCAUGGAGUUUUUAAUUUAGAGAAUAUACAUUUUGAGCGAAAGAAAGAAAACUCUGCUGCAAGUUUAUGUCAAGAAUUUAGUUAAAGUUUUGGAUAUAAUCGCAAAAAUCGUGCAAAUUAGAUUUAAAAAUUAAUUUCGAAGUAAGGCUUAAUUCUAUUAUGACUCGGAUUGAAUAUGUGAAGGUUCAACCCAAUGUAUCAACUUUUUUUUAUACAAGUGAUCUGUCAGUUUUGUACGUAUCUAUCUCACCAAACAAUAGCCUAGUGCGAGCUCUGAUUUGGGCACCAAUUGAGUGCAUAAAUGUUUUGUGUUCCUGCAUUGAAAGUGAAUACUGCAGUUUUACGUUUGUUUUCCAUAUAAUCACAAAGUUCGAAUAAACCAAAUAGCUUUUCAGAUAUGGAAGUUGCGUGGCCACUUUCUCAUUUGAAUUCAAAAACAGAUAGUUUGCCGUCACCUCUUGUAAAAGAGCAGAGGUUUCGAUUCCACACCGCUGCGCGUUGAAACCUCG